AUGUCAGCAGCGAACGCAUCAACAUCCGGCCCAGAAGGUGGCCCCAGUCAGACCAACACGGCUCAAGCAGAAGGUCAAGAAGGUAACACCGGCGGAGUCCUCGCCGAACAAACGGAUGCCAACCAUCAGAGUGGGCCUACGGCGAACCAGCUCGAAACCGUGGUUGAAGAAGGGGAAGAGGACCUAGAUGAUGUUGCGAUCCUAGAAAUGGAUCUCAGGUCAGAGACUGAGGAUGACACGUGGCAACCUCACAAACACGCAGGGAGGGAGAAAGGAUUGAGGGAGGAUACGCCUACAGAUGAAGAGGAGAGCUUGGUAGAAGGGGACAUGGAUCUUAAUGAUAUGAGUGGCAGUACCUUAAGUCCACCUCAUGGCGACCGGAUCCUGAUGCUACAAGCUAGGAUAGACGAUGCAUAUGUAAGAAGAGAUUACGCGCUAGGAGCGGACCUUCUAGCGAAACUCACGGAGAUGAUCACCGAAGAGACGGCUAGACACUAUGCUCCGGCACCGAGAAACGACGUCGAACCGCCAGCUCCAACCCUCGUUCCCAAUCGUCAACAUGAAAGAAAAACCACACCUCAUCGCCUGAUACAAGAAAACCUGUCCGAGUUCUCGAUGAGCGCGAGACAAGAACCACGAGUGACGGAACCUAGGGUUGUAGUUGCACAACCAGAGCCACCUCCAACAUGGAGGUACAACGGCGAGCGUCGGAGCCAUUCACCAGCGACCAUUGGGGAGCCCAAACCGGUGAGAGAAACGACUGCCACGCCACAAACAAAUACGGACGAAGCAAGUAGAGCGAAGGCCAUGCUGGAAUCGGGCAAAGGCCGGAUGAUCCUGUCUAACGGGGAUGUGAUAGAAAAUGGGAGGUUAAUGUUGAAAGACAAGACUAAGCAGCUGGAAAAGUCCCUACCUUCCCUGAGCCCGGUACUGUCACACUAUCUACGAACUUUCAAGGCAUACGUCCCAUUGCCAGUUUUCGACAAAUUGUGGCUGAUUCGUGAUCAGCAAGCACGGGAGGGGACAGAACCGCCCUCAGAGUCGAAAUUAAACAAGAGCGGCUUGAACCUGAGGAUGUACGGAGGCGACCCACCCAUGGAGGAGUUAACGAUGCAGUACAAGCAUUGGCUGGACUGCUUCACCCUUUUCUCAAGGUACAUUCAGGAUGCGGGUUGGAUUACGUUAGCUGAAAACUUAAAAAUCCACAAGGAGAUAGUGGUAGAGCUCCGGGAGACGAAUGGCUGGAUGGUAGCACUGCGCUACUGUAAGAGAGUGCGCGAAGGGGUAAUGAGGACGGACGUAGGAGGAGAAAUUGUCAAUGUGUCUGAAGUACAGAGGACAAUCCUAGAAGAAGUGAAACAAGUGUGCGAUAACUUCGGAGAAAGAGCUCUCAGAUCGAACCCAUACGCACCGGGUGGUACCAAAGAUCACUUAGACCCGGAGUCUGGCCUGCCGAGAGUGAAACACGGGGGCGGUAUGUCAAAGAAGGCAUCGAGCACGUCGGUGAAGGCGGAAGAAAGUUCCUCGGGUGGCAAGAGGAAGUCAUGGUUACCCAACGACCAGUGGGAAGCCAAGCUGAGAGCAGAAGGGAAGUGGGUGGAAAAGAAAGAAGGACCAAGCAAGAGACCCGACUAUGGAGACCGAGGAAGAGGAAGUGAUAGAAGAGAAAAUAAGUGGGGGAGAAGUGGUAGUCGGAGCCCAAAUCGCUACGAUAACAGAAGGUCCAAUGGCAGAGGAGGCCGUCCGAGAUACUAG